GGGGCGGCGUGGGCGUGGGCGGCGUGGCCGUGGGGCCGGGACCCGCGGGGCGCGCGCUGCAGGCGGCCGCGCUCGUGCUGCUGGCCGUGCUGGGCUCCGCCGCCAACGCCCUCGUGCUCGCCGUCUUCCACCGGCGCCCCGCGCUGCGCUCGCCCUCCAACAGGUUCGUGCUGUCGCUGGUGCUGGCCAACCUGGUGUCGUCGCUGUGCGUGGCGCCGCUGCUGCUGGUGCAGGUGUUCCACAGGGACGCUGGGUCGGGCGGGGGCGGGCCCG